AUGAGAGCGAAAGUGCGAAUAUGUGGAGGAAUGUCCCAUGAAUUUGGUAUGGAGAUGGGGGUAAAACAGGGUGACAGUCUGAGUCCCCUACUCUUCAUAUUAGUGAUGGAUGAGAUCCAUAAGGUGUGCAAGAGAAGGACCCAGAAUAUGAUGGUAGGGUAUUGGAACAUGCGACCGAUUGGGGCAAGAGCUCUCCUAUAUGCGGACGAUAUAGUGCUGAUUGCUGAUACUCAGCAGAAACUCCAACAAUCAGUGACAGAAUGGGCUGAGGAGCUGAAACGAAGAGGAAUGAUUAUGAAUGUGAGUAAAAGUAAGGUGAUGGUGGUUUCAAGAGGAGGGAGAGAGAAUAUUCAAAUUAUGGUGAGUGAAGAACUGCUCGAACAGGUAGGGAAGUACGAAUACCUUGGUACAAUGUUUUCUGAGGACGGAAAAAUAGAUCUGGAAGUGAUGAAUAGGGUGAGAAAGGGAUCUACGGCCUACUAUGCAAUCAAGGAUUGCAUUUUUGGGAAAAGAGAGAUAGAAAAAAGAAUUAAAAAUCACGUCUAUCGAUCAGUAAUUGAACCCAUCAUGUUGUACGGGAGUGAAAGCUGGCCCAUUAAAUCAUGCCAUGAGAAUAAAAUCAGGACGGUGGAAAUGAAGUGUCACAGGAAAUCAGUAGGAAAGACCAGGAGAGAUAGGAUUCGAAACACCAGGAUAAGAGAGGAAGUUGGCAUGAGAGAUGUGAGCGAGAGGAUAGAAAUGAGGCAGCUUGGAUGGUUUGGGCAUAUACAGCGGAUGGGGGAUGAUAGAAAGGCCAAACAGUAUGUAAAUGUCAGAGUACAGGGCAAAAGAACAGUGGGCCGUCCAAGGUAUUCGUACGAGGACAGAAUAGAGGAAAUAGGGAGGAGAAGGGGAAAGAGUGUUCCAGAGAUGAGGAGACUGGCGGCGGAUCGACGGGAGUGGAGAAGAUGGGUCGAGGCUACCCCAACGCUUUGA